AUGUUCUUGUGCAUGCUAGCCAUCGGGCCAUCUGGUUGUCUGGGCGGUGAUCAGCACAAUCUAUUUCCGAUGUCUCCAACGCAAUGGACGAUUGAGGAUGUGCAAGCAUGGUUGCUAAGGCAAGGUCAUGACGUUGCGCGUCCUGAUGUGCUCGAGCAGUUCAAGCAGAACGAAGUUGAUGGCACGGUGCUUCUAGCCCUGACUGCGGCAGACAUCCGCGAAGAGCUCCAGAUUUCUAGCUUGCCCAUCCGGAAAAAACUUCUGGAAAGUAUUGAGUCACUACGUCAUUUGGAGGAGAAUCGUCAGCUCAGAAAGGCUGUCGUGGAGCAGCUCACUACCGUUCAGGCUGAUCUGGCUUCAUUGCAGACAGGCAGCACACGCAGUCCUGUCAGUUCUGAGUCGGACGACGAUUACCUUCGCGCGGUGCAGUUAUGGACAGAGGACAUGAAGCAAGUCCAAGCCGUCAUUGAUGACGCUAGUUUCAGUUAUGAAGUUCAGUCCAUCGAGAUCGGGUUGCAUCGUGAGGCUGCGGCCGACAACAGUGCGGCAAGGGAGCUCGAGCAACAUCUUUCUCGAGUACAAGAGCUGGAGCGCAAUGAUGCACAGACUGCGCAAGAAGUGCAUGCGGCCAGGAACGAGCAGCAGGUACGAGAUGUCCUGCGCCGUGCAAUAGAAAGUGUUGAAGAGCCAGCAGCCCCGCAGCACCCAGUGAUUCAGGAAGACGUACCAGAUGUGGCGGCCGUCGACUCCAGCAACCAGCUGCCUUGUGAUGUUGUCCAGGUUUUGCCAGGUGCAGCUGGGUCAUCGAAUGACCAGGUUCCACCAGUGCCAGAGCCCCACCCGUCGGCAGAUGGCUCAGAACGACGCAUCAAAUGUGCAAGUUGCUUUGAGAUGAGACGUUGCUUUCGGUUGACAUGCGGCCAUUGCAUGUGCAAAGGCUGCCUCGCGCAGCUAUUCACGAAGGCAGUCGGCGACAUGACACUCUGGCCAGUUCGAUGCUGCAAGCAAAACAUUGACAUUGGCCUGGCACAGCGAGUCCUGCACGGACACGAACUGCAUGUCUUCGUGGAGAGGAUGAAGGAAGCUGUGGCCGUCCAGAAGAUGUAUUGUGUCAACCCGUACUGUUCUCAUUUUUUAGACCUCGACAACCUCCCGGAAGACCACGACUCGUACCCUUGCCCCAGAUGCGCAACCUUGCUCUGCCUGCCUUGUCGUGGGGCAGCCCAUCCAGGAAUGACCUGCAAUGAAGCGAAGGAAAGUCGAGGAACUACGGAGGCAGACAGGCAGCUCCAGGAGCUGGCGGAGAGGAAAGGUUGGCGAAAGUGUGGGAAGUGCGGUGUGAUGGUGCAGCUGGCCUCGGGCUGCAACCACAUGACCUGCCGCUGUGGCCAUCACUUUUGCUAUCAAUGCGGAACUCAAUGGAUGGAUGCCAGUGGACAGCAAGUUCAGCAAUGUCGCUGUGACUUGUGGCAAGAGGACAACUUGGUGGAGGAGGAGCGUCGGCAAGUGGCUAACGUUGAGCGUGUGGAGCGACGCCGGGUUGAAGAGCCUGAGCGCCAAUUGAUCAGAGAGCAGCUGAUGGCUGGUGAGUGCCCGCACGGCACUUGGGUCCAUCGGAACUAUGGCUCGUAUGCACUGAACGAGGAAUGCUCGAACUGUGGGUUCUACAUGUAUCAUUACUGCUACAGGUGCAGCCGUUGCAGAGACAUGGUCUGUCACACCUGUAGAUUCCAUCGGCUAGGGUAG